AUGGGAUCGAAAUAUUUGCCGAGAAAGAUUUUGCCUUCGGACGCGGACCUUUACACAAGGCUCAAAAACCUGGAAAAACAGCUUGUUUUGUAUGACAUCCAGGAAAACUAUGUCAAGGAAGAACAUAAAAAUCUGAAGCUCGAGUUGAUUAGGGCGCGAGAGGAGAUUAAAAGGAUACAAAGUGUCCCGCUGGUAAUCGGCCAGUUUUUGGACAUGGUAGACAGAAACCACGGAAUAGUCUCGUCUACUGCAGGAUCCAAUUACUAUGUGCGCAUCUUGUCAACUAUCAACAGGGAACAGCUAACUCCCAAUAGUAGCGUCGCUUUGCACCGUCACAGUCACAGUGUAGUGGAUUUGCUUCCACCUGAAGCGGACUCAUCAAUCCAGAUGAUGCAAUUGUCCGACAAACCUGAGGUGUCUUAUGCGGACAUCGGGGGAUUGGAUGCCCAGAAACAGGAGGUACGUGAAGCGGUAGAGCUUCCCCUUACUUGUCCUGAACUCUACCACCAAAUCGGAAUUGACCCCCCGGUUGGAGUGCUAUUAUACGGACCUCCAGGCACGGGCAAGACGAUGCUAGCAAAAGCUGUUGCACAUCACACGGGUGCCAGUUUCAUUCGCGUUGUAGGAAGCGAAUUCGUACAAAAGUACCUUGGGGAAGGGCCGAGAAUGGUAAGGGAUAUUUUCAGGUUGGCACGAGAGAACGCCCCAGCUAUUCUUUUCAUCGACGAAGUUGACUCCAUUGCAACGAAGCGUUUUGACGCUCAAACGGGCGCGGAUAGAGAGGUACAACGUAUUUUACUGGAGCUACUCAAUCAAAUGGACGGGUUCGACCAGAAUGCCACCGUGAAGGUCAUAAUGGCUACAAAUAGGGCAGACACGUUGGAUCCCGCCUUGUUAAGGCCAGGACGACUAGAUAGAAAGAUCGAGUUUCCUUUGCCCGACAGAAGACAAAGAAGACUUAUUUUCCAAACCAUAACGAGUAAGAUGAAUUUGUCAAGCGAUGUGGACCUUGAGAGUUGUACGUUGACUGUGUUAAGUGUUGUCAUUUUUUUGCAGUCGUCUCGCGACCGGAAAAAAUUUCAGCCGCAGAUAUUGCGGCGAUUUGUCAGGAAGCAGGCAUACAAGCUAUCAGGAAAAACAGAUACGUUGUCACCAACAAAGAUUUCGAAAAAGGGUGGAAGAGGCACAUCAAGAAACAUGACCGUGAUUACGCCUUUUAUGGCGUUUAGAGAUACACAUAUCUUAUGGCAAUUUUCAACACACAGUUAA